AUCUCUCAAGGUUUCAUAAAAUAUUAAAUAAACAAAACUAAUUUUUUUCAUGCGCUAUCAGUGUUUAUCGGUUACGCUCAUUAUAAUUACAAUUGUAGAUAAGAUGUUUUCUUUAAUUUAUUCACUCCAUUCAAUUCUAACACUGUGGUCGCGAGCACGUUUUAAACAAAAUGAACGGAAUAGUACAACAAAAAAUAUUUGUUUCAAGAUAUUUAUUCCAAAAUGUAAACCAUUUUAUGAAAAGAAUGUCUUCACAUUUUACAUUUUUCCCAGAUGAACACAGGCCCAUAGAGGGUGAUACAACAAAAAUGAAUAUGAUGCAAGCAAUCAAUAAUGCCAUGGAUAUUACUUUAAAGACAGAUUCAAGUGCAGUUUUGUUUGGUGAGGAUGUAGCCUUUGGAGGAGUCUUCAGAUGUGCCCUUGGCCUUCAGGAAAAAUAUGGCAAUGAUCGAGUAUUCAACACACCUUUAUGUGAGCAAGGUAUAGCUGGCUUUGGGAUUGGAUUGGCCACAGCAGGUGCCACAGCAAUUGCCGAAAUACAAUUUGCUGAUUACAUUUUCCCAGCUUUCGAUCAGCUAGUAAACGAAGCGGCGAAGUGUAGGUACCGCUCUGGAGGCCAGUUUGACUGUGGGGGCCUAACAGUCCGAGCUCCCUGUGGAGCAGUGGGGCACGGGGGUCUGUACCACUCACAGAGCCCUGAGGCCUUCUUUUCUCAUGCACCAGGUCUUAAGGUGGUAGUCCCCAGAGGCCCAAUUUCAGCAAAAGGCCUCCUCUUAUCCUGCCUCAAGGAGAGAGAUCCUUGUGUGUUUCUGGAACCGAAGAUCUUGUACCGAGCAGCCGCCGAAGAAGUGCCCACGGACAGCUACGAAAUACCUCUGGGAAAAGCACAAGUUUUAAGAGAAGGUGAUGCAGCAACCCUAAUAGGCUGGGGCACCCAAGUGCACGUACUUCUAGAAGUGGCCCAAAAAGCACAAGAGACGUUAGGAAUCAGCUGCGAGGUCAUCGACCUCAUGUCUAUACUACCUUGGGAUGAAGAAACCGUUUGUAAUUCCGUGAAGAAAACGGGCAGAUGUCUAGUGGCUCACGAAGCGCCCUUGACAAGUGGAUUUGGCGCCGAAUUAGCUGCUACUGUACAGUCGGAAUGUUUCCUGCACCUGGAAGCCCCAGUGGCUCGAGUGACAGGAUGGGACGCGCCCUUCCCUCACGUUUUCGAGCCUUUCUAUCUUCCCGACAAGAUGCGCUGUCUCAGCGCCCUGGAGAAGCUGCUUAAUUAUUAGUUUUGUGAAAUGCUGUAAUUUUAUUAAGAGUAAUAGGUCCAGGGGUAGAGGAAAGUAUGUGAUAGGCGUAUUUGUAUGGAAACGUCACGUUGCAAUAGGGGCGUAAUAAAUUGUCUACGAUGACAUAUAAACUUACCACGUAACUGUAGCGAUUAGUAUCAGGUAAUUCCACAUGCGGUGGAAGAACUUCAUUGAAUUCGGGUUUGUUAUUUAGAAGUUAAGGCUCUUUAUUAUUACAUGGGAGGCUUACUGAAUACUUGUCAAUAUUAAUUUUACUAUGCAAGUUCUGAUGUAUAAAUAUUAAUUAUAAGCUUGUGAAUCUUCAAUAAAUAUUAUAACCGA